UGUGAAAUGGCAUAUAAAUCCUUAGGGCCUUUCCCUACUCCUGAGAACUAUGAGGAAAUUGUUAAAAAGCUGCAAGAUAUGAUUGAAAAAAAUAACUGGGUGGUCAAUUUUGACACAGCGGUCACUAAUGCUUAUGAGGAAGACGUCAUAGAAAUGGAAAAUAUAAGAAAUUUGACCGAAUUCUACAAUUUUCUUAAUUACUUGUCAGAAAACUGUCAAACCGCUUCAGUCAUCAGUUGUGCCUUGGAACCUAUCACCGUUGACGGAACUAUCACAAUGGAUAGUCGAUUUUGCCAAAAGUUUUGGAAGGAGGCUGGAAAUCUUUCAAUGAAUUCUUUACACGAAUCUGGCAGAACUGAUACCCCGGA